AUGUCAGCUGUCAAUGAUACCAAAUUCCAAUCUUCAGUGUUCCUUCUCACUGGAAUACCUGGGCAGGAAAACGUCCAUUUCUGGGUCUCCAUUCCCUUCUUUUUUAUAUAUGUUAUUUCGAUAGUAGGAAAUUUAGUCAUUCUGUUCAUUAUAAAAACAGAUCCAAGCCUCCAUGAGCCCAUGUACAUUUUCCUUUCUAUGUUGGCUAUUGCAGACAUUGGCUUAUUGGUAUCCACCAUGCCAACGAUACUGGGCAUAUUUUUGUUUAACUCUAGGGAGAUCAGCCGUGAUGCUUGUUUUGCCCAGCUGUUCUUCAUCCACUCGCUUUCAUUAAUUGAAUCCUCUGUGCUCUUGCUGAUGGCCUUUGACCGAUUCAUCGCGAUCCGUGAUCCUCUGAGAUAUGCGUCCAUCUUAACCCUGCCUAGAAUAACCAAGAUGGGACUGGCAUGUAUGCUAAGAGGGGUCACCAUAAUAUUCCCAUUCCCCCUUCUUCUGAGACGCUACCGAUACUGUCGAACCAAUAUCCUCUCCCAUUCCUACUGCCUGAAUCAGGACGUCAUGAAGUUGGCUUGUGCAGACAUCACCGUCAACAACAUCUAUGGCAUGUGUACUGCACUCUUCACGUUUGGGUUGGACUCACUGCUCAUCUUCCUCUCUUAUAUAAUGAUUCUCAAAACAGUGCUGAGCAUUGCAUCUCAUGUGGAACGCCUCAGGGCCCUGAACACUUGUGUCUCCCACCUCUGUGCCGUCCUGCUCUUCUACGUACCUGUCAUUGGCCUGGCUGUGACUCACAGAUUCGGGAACAGCUCUUCUCUUGUGCUUCAGAUUCUCCUGGGCUACAUCUACCUGCUGGUGCCACCCCUGAUAAAUCCAGUCGUGUACAGCGUGAAAAGCAAACACCUUCGUGCGAAGAUAAUCAGGGCAUUCUUCAAGUGA